GUGCCACUGCUGCUGAGCCGCAUGAAGGAGGUGGGGAAGGUCUUUCUGGCCACCAACAGCGACUACAACUACACCGACGCCAUCAUGUCCUACCUUUUUGACUUCAGCGACGGGGACAAGGCCGAGACCCCUCAGCGUCCCUGGCGAUCCUAUUUUGACCUCAUCGUGGUGGACACCCGCAAACCGCUCUUCUUCGCAGAGGGCACUGUCCUGCGCCAAGUGAACACGGACACAGGGAAGCUGCGCAUUGGGACAUACACAGGCCCCCUCCAGCACUGCGCAGUCUACUCUGGUGGUUCCUCGGACAUGGUGUGUGACCUGCUGGGCGUGAAGGGCAAAGACAUUCUCUAUAUGGGGGACCACAUCUUCGGGGACAUCCUCAAGUCCAAGAAGCGGCAGGGCUGGCGCACCUUCCUGGUGGUGCCCGAGCUGGCCCGGGAGCUGCAGGUCUGGACGGAGAAGAGUGAGCUGUUUGAGGAGCUGCGGAACCUAGACCUCUUCCUGGCAGAGCUGUACCAACACUUGGACAGUGGCAGCAGCGAGCGCCCAGACAUCAGCUCCAUCAAGCGUCGGAUCCAGAAAGUCACACAUGAGAUGGACAUGUGCUAUGGGAAGAUGGGGAGCCUCUUCCGCUGUGGUUCACGCCAGACGCUCUUUGCCAACCAGCUGAUGCGCUACGCUGACCUCUAUGCUGCCUCCUUCAUCAACUUCCUCUACUACCCCUUCAGCUACCUCUUCCGGGCACCCCCUGUCCUGAUGGCACACGAGUCAACAGUGGAGCAUGGCCGCCUGGAUGCAGGGGAGGUGGGCACAGCCCUGGCACCCUGGCUGGCCCAGCAUGGCCCCCCCAGCCAUCAGGUCACUGGGGUCCCCCCGGACUCUAGUGGGGAGGAGGAUGACGGAGAAGCCUGACCCCACCCUGGCACCAACAGCUGCUGAGCUGGCAGGUGCCAAAACACAUGGGGGCAUUCAGUGGCCCCAGACCACUGCCAGUUGGCAGACCAAAGCCACCCAUGGUCAGUCACUGCCUCCAGUGGCCACAGGAUGGCUGGUGGCCCUGGCUCAUGCCCCAUGUGACACCUCUGCCCGAGCAGCAGUGCCCCUUCUAACACAUGCACCAGGAGCCAGGUCCCUGAAGUGGGGGGCUGCCCCGUGCCCCCCACUUUCCCUCAUGCUCCCCCCUGGCAUCAGCUAUGUGUCCCAGCCAAUUCGAUGCCAGUCUGGGGUCACCAAUGCUGGGGUGAGCCGGACACAGCUGGACCACCUUUGCACCAGUUUGUGGUCCCAGCAGCUCCGGCUCUUCCAGCUUUGGUGCCUGGCCCCAGGGGCCACUGUGGUGCUGGACUUCAGGGCAAGGCGGGUGGAUAUGGCUCAGGCAAGGUCAUAUGCCUCCAGGGCUCUGGAGGCAACUGCUGCUCCCUGGGAACCUCUUUUCCCUGCUAUCGCCCUCUUCUGUUUUCUACCCUUUUCUAUUUAUAAAAAAUACUCAAACUCCCGGCACUGGAAAGACAUAAAAUUGGCUAUUUUAAAGGAAUACUGCUUUGCCCUAGAGCCUGGGGACAAAGGGCAAUUCCCAAAUCCUUGGGCAGCAGCUGGAACGACUGCAAGCCCCUGGGCAGAGGGUGGCCACCCCGAGACAUGCCCCCCCGUCUGCCAGCACUGAUCUGCACCCCGGAGAAAGGGGCCAGGCCUUCUGGGACUUCCAGAUCCUGUUCUGACUUCUUCCAGCACCAGAGUUCUCAAUAAAGAUGCUGAGCCAA